UGUGAUGAGAUUCAGUCUUCUUGUGUUCAGAGAUUCAGGGCGGGGCGACAGAUGGCCGUGUCUCAAAUCCUGCUCAUCUGCCUAGAUAGAAGUCAGCGUGUGAGCGUCACAGGCGCGCGACGCACGGUCAGAAUCAGGGCGCGCCGGAGGAUUUGAGACGCGCCCCGAGAGACAGAAACCCGCUGCUGCGCUUCAUUAGAGCCUCCGCGCGUCUCCAUCAUUCAUCCGUCCCGCAGAGCCGAACCACACACCCGAUACCGAGCACACAGAACCGAGGCCGGCGGCAGAUGGACGGAACACACGCGCUCUGACGGCAGAAGCUUCACUCGUUCAUGUUCGGCUCGGUUCGGGGCCAGGUCCGAUCGCAGUUCGACCACUCGCUAUUGUUCGGAUGUGCUACACUGAGAAUCAAAGAGUCCGAUUGAUUCCCGACCGAACAUGAGUUCUGCUCUCCGCUGGGUUUUAUCGCUGUGCUUCUUCAUCAUCAUCAUCUUCAUCAUUCAGAGCGCGGCUCCGUUCCAGGUAACGUUACUGGAUGACGAGCGGAUGCUGAUGUCGCUGGACGCUGAUGACGUGAGGCCGGACGUGUCCGUGUACGCGGUGCGGGUGUCCGGAGAGCCGCGCACGCACACGCUGUUAUUCCCCAGACCCGCCGACGGUCAGACGCUUCCGCGGCCGCUCCAGUUCAACGCCUCGUACCACGGCCUGUGUUACUCCGUCAGUCUGAUGCUCGGGAACGACAGCAGCGGGUCCAGAGCGGCCAGAACCGUCCCUGUGCUGACCAAGCCUCUUCCUCUAGACAGCGUUGAGAUGUCUGAUUACGGUCCGUCUCCAGAGACCGGCGUGGUGUUUCAGAUCCGUUCUCCGGACAGGAACAUCUACACCAGAGUGAACAUCAGCUUCACGGAGGGCCGUCAGCAGCGCUACAUGCUGUACAAAGAUUUCCACCAAGGGAAAACAGUCUUCAAGCACUGGCUGUCGGGCACGUGUUACACCAACAUCACCUUCCAGCUGAUCUCAGAGGCCACGGUCAACAGGAGCUCGCUGGUCAGCCGCAGCCAGAUCCUCCACGAGCCCCGUCAGCACCGCACCGUCCCAAACCCUCCUCUCAACGUGUCGCUCAAAAUCAUCCCCCUCAGCGGCCGAGGAACGCCUGGAACUGACCUGCACGGGGCCGUUCUGAAGGCAUCCCAGAAUGCAUCAUUCCUCCGCAGGACACGUGACGUCCCUUCAACUGAAGAGCAGGAAGAGGCGGAUCCUGAGGAGAUCGAUGUUACCCAAACGCCUCUGAACGCGUCCGUCACCGCCACCGACAGCAGCACAGCUGAACCCGCGCGUGAGAACAGCACUGAGUCACUGUGGGCGGAGCCAACGGGGAGCCCCGCCCCCACUGCAGAGGGGGAGGAGGAGUUUGUCAAUGCAGUGGUUCCAGAAUACGAGGACUCUAAUGAACCGGGUUCAGCCAUGGAUCUGAACUUUGAACCCAGGGUGACGCCCACGCCGCUGUCGCCCAUCCUGCUGGAGCUGCGCUGGUCUCCGCCGCGGCCGGCCACCUCGUUCGACGGGUUCAACAUCUACAUCUACCGCGACGGAAACUCCACGGAAACGGCCACGGUUGAUGAAAACACUCAUGAGUUCUUCACCGAACUGUCGGAAGCAGGAACGUAUCGGGUUCACGUCACAACGCUCAGCUCGUCUGGAGACUGCGAGGCCCGAGAGAGUUCGGCCGCCACCGGAUUCACCUUCUACCUCAGUCCGUCGGGCGAGUGGAUGGAGCAGCCGCAGGAGCGUCCGCAGGCGGUCAGUGUGAAGAUGCUGGACUCCAGCACGGCCGCCGUGUCCUGGGCUCCGUCGGCUCACAGAUAUAACGGCAGUCUGAUCUCGGUGCUGUCGCUCACCUGCCUGCGGCCCAGCAUCAGCCAGCGCAUGGAGAACACCUACUGCUCUGAGGAGAAUAUCACCAGUGACAUCAUCACCAGCCUGACUCCAGGCGCUCAGUACAGAGUGGUGGUUUAUCACACUAACGGGCCGCUCGUUAGUCCCGCCUCUGAACCCGUCAUCAUUGAUAUAGAGCCGACGGGGGUUCGUGAUCUGGUGGUGUAUCCUCUCAGUCCCACCGCCGUCAUCCUCAGCUGGCAGCGGCCGUAUAACGUGGCCUUCCGGAAGUACGUCCUGCAGACCUUCUUCUUCAACUCGGCCACUCAGACGUCUCAGUGGACGACCUACUACGAGAUCGCCGCCACCGCGUCCGUCAUCGCCUCUGUGAGAGUGACGGAUCUGCUGCCGGCCUGGUACUACAACUUCCGUGUUACGAUGGUGACGUGGGGCGAUCCGCCUCUGAGCUGCUGCGACGGCUCCACCGUGAGCUUCGUCACAGCUCCUGAAGCUCCUCACAUCUCCUCGGUGGAUUAUUCUCACGGGACGCUGUACGUGCGCUGGAACUACGGCGAUCUUUUUACCGACCUGUCGCACUCUCGCAUGCUGCACUGGCAGGUGACGGCGGAGGGCAAGAAGGGCUCCAGGAGACGCUACUCCAUCGACGUGACUCGCAGCAUGAUGAAGGCGUCUCUGGCUCUUCCUCCCGGCGACAUCUAUAAUCUGACGGUCACCGCCUGUACGGAGAGAAGCCGCAACACGUCUGCGCCGCACAUCAUGAAGCUCGAUCCGGCUGCUCCGAAGUCUCUGUACGCGGUCAACGCCAGCGACACGGCCGUCACGCUGCUCUGGACGGAGGAGGGCGUCGUGGACUUCUACCAGAUCGCCUGCAGACCGCUGGGAACCGGCAGAGAUCGCACGAAGGUCCGCGAGCCGCUGGUGACCGCCGCUCAUGUUGUGACCGUCUCGGGUCUGCAGCCGUCCACCUCGUACAACUGCACCGUGACCAGCAGCAGCUACAGCAGCGCCAGCGACCCCGCCUUCAUCACCGUCAGCACCGCAGUCCGCGAGAUGAACCCGAGUGUGGCGGCCAUCUCUGCGCUGGCGGUUCUCAGCGUUCUUCUCAUCAGUCUGCUGGUGCUUUUCCUGCUGGUGUUACGCAAGAAACACAUGGAGCUGAGCCGGGAGUGCGGCGCCGAAACCUUCGUCAACUUCGCCUCGUUCGAGCGGGACGGGAAGCUGCCGUAUAACUGGCGCAGGAGUCUCUUUGCGUUCCUCACGCUUCUGCCAUCCUGCCUUUGGACUGACUAUCUUUUGGCCUUUUAUAUUAAUCCGUGGAGCAAAACUGCACUGAAGAAGAGAAAACUGACCAGUCCAGUUCAGCUCAGUGAUUUUGACGCCUACAUCAAAGACAUGAGCAAAGAUUCAGCGUACAAGUUCUCGCUGCAGUUUGAGGAGCUGAAGAGCGUCGGUCUCGAUCUGUCUCAUGAAGCCGCUGAUCUGCCCGUCAACAGACCCAAGAACCGCUACACCAACAUACUGCCCUAUGAUUUCAGUCGAGUGAAGCUGAUCUCUCUGCACAACGACGAAGGCUCAGAUUACAUCAAUGCAAACUAUAUUCCUGGUUAUAACUCUCCGCACGAGUUCAUCGCCACACAGGGGCCGCUCCCCGAGACCAGGAACGAUUUCUGGAAGAUGGUUCUGCAGCAGAAGUCUCACAUCAUCGUCAUGCUGACCCAGUGUAACGAGCGCAGGAGGGUGAAGUGUGACCACUACUGGCCGUUCACUGAGGAGCCCGUGGCGUAUGGCGAGAUCACGGUCGAGAUGCUGUCAGAGACGGACUCGCCGGAGUGGACCAUCAGAAACUUCAGACUGGGAUAUGCUGACGAAACUCAAGACGUUUUGCACUUUAACUACACGUCGUGGCCUGAUCACGGUGUUCCCACGGUCAACGCCAUCGAGAGCAUCUUACAGUUCGUACAGAUCGUACGGCAGCAGGUCAACCGGACCAAAGGACCGAUCGUCGUCCACUGCAGUGCUGGAGUGGGUCGGACCGGCACGUUCAUCGCUCUGGACCGUCUGAUGCAGCACAUUCAGGAACACGAGUACGUGGACAUCCUGGGCAUGGUGUCGGACAUGCGCUCGCACCGGCUGUCCAUGGUCCAAACGGAGGAGCAGUACGUGUUCAUCCAUCAGUGUGUCAUGCUCAUGUGGAAGAAGAAGAAGCAGCAGUCGCACACGAGCGACGUCAUCUACGAGAACGUCAGCAAGUCCUAAUGAAGUCUGAUUCUCUUCACAUCAGUGUUGACAGACGUGCGACAUCGACACCAGAAACCAACCAACCGGCGGCCUGCAGAGGAGAAUCCUUCACUCAUUUACUCCCAUACAAGCUCUUAUUUAACGACGGAACAAAUCAAAUGCCUUAAACAAGCUGCCUCGUUCUCCCGGACCGACGGAGAGCGCGGCAGCAGGACUGACGCCGAAGCUCCGGCGCUCGCGGUUCCAUCAGCAUCUAGUCUUUAGUUUGUGUGUGAAUCUCAGGAUCAUCUGCUGGACGCGUCUGCGCUUGUUUUAGGCCGGUGUAAAGUGUGUUUUGUGAGUUUAUAUCGCACUCUGUCUGUAAUAGAGUUAGUUUUCACAUCUUCAGAGGACGCCAUGCGGUCCAAAAACAUCAUUUUCGGAAGCAAAAUCCACCUGUCGGCAUGCUAAUGGACCUUUAAUCUCUUAUCACUGCCACACACAGACGCCGCCACGCUCGAUCCGCUUCCGUCAUAAAGGAACGAAAGAGGGAUUUUCCGAACAGACCUCAGCUGUACGGACACACGCGUCCGUGGGUUUUGCACUGAUCAUAUCUGUUACUGUACCGCUGUAGAGAGGCCGACGGUAGCUGCGCUUUCUGUGACUGUGGAUUGUGUGUUUUAGCCUGUGAUUUCUGCAAAAGUUUCAUCAGCUGGAACCGCUGAGCUCCGGCGACUUUACCUGCAAACACUGGAUUGUCACUGGCGCUGGGCUGUCGACUCAUUCCAGUGGCAUUUGCACAAAACUGGUGAGGCCGCUGCGGUCGGUCGGACUGAAUGUGAGCGUCCAGCAGCUUGUAUAUCAUCACUGCUGAAUCUGACACUGAUUCCACAUGUCGUGUUCUGUGAACGUUGCAUGCUGCAAAAUGAAAGACGUGAGAUUAGUGUCAUCUUUAGGUUUAGACUCGAGCUCAGAGCUUCAAUCUGGAGUCCCAGCUAACAGGGAACGUUCUCUCAACGUUAUAAACAAACGUUCUUCCAGUAUUGUUAAUAUAACGUUCAUUCAAAGUUAUCUGGUCUUUGAUAAUUGUUCCCAGAACGUUCUGGCAAGGUUCUCUCAAUGUUAUGAACGAACGCUCUUCCAGUAACGUUAAAAGAACGUUCGUUCAAUGUUAUCUGAUCUUUAAUAAUGUUCUCAGAACGUUCUGGCAAGGUUAUCUCAACCUUAUGAACAAACGUUCUUCCAGUAACGUUAAAAGAACGUUCGUUCAAUGUUAUCUGAUCUUUGAUAAUUGUUCCCAGAACGUUCUGGCAAGGUUCUCUCAAUGUUAUGAACGAACGCUCUUCCAGUAACGUUAAUAGAACGUUCGUUCAAUGUUAUCUGAUCUUUAAUAACGUUCUCAGAACGUUCUGGCAAGGUUAUCUCAACCUUAUGAACAAACGUUCUUCCAGUAACGUUAAAAGAACGUUCGUUCAAUGUUAUCUGAUCUUUAAUAAUGUUGUGGCAAGGUUCUCUCAAUGUUAUGAACGAACGUUCUUCCAGUAACGUUAAUAGAACGUUCGUUCAAUGUUAUCUGAUCUUUAAUAACGUUCUCAGAACGUUCUGGCAAGGUUAUCUCAACCUUAUGAACAAACGUUCUUCCAGUAACGUUAAAAGAACGUUCGUUCAAUGUUAUCUGAUCUUUAAUAAUGUUGUGGCAAGGUUCUCUCAAUGUUAUGAACAAACGUUCUUCCAGUAACGUUAAAAGAACGUUCAUUCAAUAUUAUCUGAUCUUAAAUAACGUUCUCAGAACGUUCUGGCAAGGUUAUCUCAACGUUAUGAACAAACGUUCUUCCAGUAACGUUAAAAGAACGUUCGUUCAAUGUUAUCUGAUCUUUAAUAAAGUUCUCAGAACGUUCUGGCAAGGUUCUCUCAAUGUUAUGAACAAACGCUCUUCCAGUAAUGUUAAAAGAACGUUCGUUCAAUGUUAUCUGAUCUUUAAUAAUGUUCUCAGAACGUUCUGUCAAGGUUCUCUCAACGUUAUGAACAAACAUUCUUCCAGUAACGUUAAUAGAACGUUCGUUCAAAGUUAUCUUUGAUAAUGUUCUCAGAAUGUUCUGGCAAGGUUCUCUCAACGUUAUGAACGAACGUUCUUAACAUUAAUAGUUCAAAGUUAUCUGUUCUUUAAUAAUGUUCUCAGAACAUUAACAUCUAUACAUAGUUCAAGAAGCGUUUAAUUCUAAAACGUUUUUAAAAUGUUCUUUUUUUUCCCAGAAAGUUCAGAGAACGUUCAAAAGUAACAUUCCGGAAGAAUGGUAAAAUUGAAUGUUUCCUCAACGUUCGAACAUUUUUAAAUAUUUAAAAUAUUUUAGGGGAACAAAAACGUUGUUCUUGUUAGCUGGGCGUUAUUUUCACAUUUGCCUGUUCUGUCAAACACACGAGUGAGUUUACAAUGUCUCGAGUUUACAGGCAAACAGACGCCUUUCCCUCAUCUGAGAUAUGAGUUUUAUAAUAUCAACUAGGCACUGAGCUGUAAAUACUGUUAAUUUCGAGAAGAAAGGACAAAAGAAAUGCUGUACUGUGUCAAAUGAACUGGUUUAUUAUGAUCAGAACGAAACUCGGGAUUCGGAGCGGACGAGCCUCUUCACUUGGUCAGUUUUGUUUAGUUUGUGUCCAGGUCAAACUCGUUUGUCUUUUGGUGCCAUUCUUGUGUAUUGUGUGACUUCAAGUAGCCGAGCAAUCCACAAUCGCCAUCACAGAGUUUAAUGUGUGUUUGUUUGGAAAAAAUAAACGUUUGAAUACAUAUUCCUAUGAGCUGGA